CUCUCUUCCUUUCUUCCUUUCUAUUUCCUCUUUUAUUUAUUUAUUUAUAUAUAGUAUUGUUAAUUAGUCUUCAGCUGAAUUCCAUCGAACAAGCCCCUAUCGCAAGCAUCUCUAAGGAAUCUAACUUUGCCCGUUUGAACCACCACCAAAACCUUUGUUAGUUUCUAGUGAUUUUCCAAAUCUCUUAAUAAAAAAGUGCAGCAUAGUGCUUCUAUGUCAUUGUUUUGUAAUGUAUCGUAAUGGUCCAAGUAAUUAUGCCUGUGUGCUGCUUCAGCUGCUGUUCUAGAUCGCUUAAGACCAUAAAUCUGAGUCUUUGUUUGAAAUUUCAGAACCUGAGUGUCCAUCAGUUUUAAAUUUCCACUAAUGGGUUUGAUCAGUGCUGGUUAAAGUUGUAUUCUUUAGCUGAAAUUCACUUCCGCGCACGUUACAAAUUCCCACAAAUGGCUUCAAAUGCUCGGUGUUGUAUUAGGUGGUACAUGCACUUUGGGUUUCAUAUAUCUGUAUCUUUGCUUUAUACCUUAAAUCCUCCAUGCAGUGUUUAGUGUGCUGUUAUUAUCAGCUCAUCUUUCAUCUCGAAAACAAGUAUUUUGCCCUCGGAAUCAUCUAUUUCUAUCACUUCCACCUGUACCAAGCCUAAGUUUUUCUGUCGUGGCAAAGAAAGAGAGAUGAAGGCUCUAGUUUUUCAUUGCUCAAUUGUCCUCAACUAUAGGAUCCAUCUAUCACUCUCCAUGCUGGUUCAUAUAUUUAGUUUCUUCAACUUUUAACAUAAUAUAUGUUUGGUAAAUUUAGGUGUCUAUGUCAAUCGCCUGUGGCCUUCCCAUCCUUGAGGGCGUAUACUGUCUGGCCUGUGCUCGCUGGGUGUGGCAGAAAUGCCUCUAUACCGCUGGCCAUGAAAGUGAAAACUGGGGCGUAGCUACAGUUGAAGAAUUUGAGCCUGUGCCUCACCUUUGUCGCUUAAUCUUAGCUGGCUAUGAAGAUGAUAUUCUUAGCCCGCUUUGGGCUCCUCCUGGAGGUUAUGGAAUUAAUCCCGAGUGGGUAGUUGUACGUAAAGAUUAUGAAGAAACUGUAGGCCAUGUUACUCCUUAUAUGAUUUACCUUGAUCACGAUAAGGCCGAUAUAGUUCUAGCUGUUAGGGGACUCAAUUUAGCUAAGGAAAGUGAUUAUACAGUUUUACUUGAUAACAAAUUGGGGCAGACUAAAUUUGGUGGUGGGUAUGUCCACAAUGGGCUGUUAAAGGCAGCAGAGUGGGUUUUCGAUGCAGAGUGUGAGGUUUUGAGGGAAUUGGUUGAGAGGAACCCGAAUUAUACCUUGACAUUUACUGGUCAUUCUCUAGGAGCAGGGGUGGUUGCACUGUUGACAAUGGUGGUAAUUCAGAAUCAUGGAAAAUUAGGGAACAUUGAGAGAAAGAGGAUCAGAUGCUAUGCUGUAGCUCCUCCUCGGUGUAUGUCACUAAAUUUGGCUGUCAGAUAUGCUGAUAUUAUCAAUUCUGUUGUACUCCAGGAUGAUUUCUUACCUCGGACCACCUCUGCCCUCGAAGAUGUAUUUAAGUCACUUAUCUGUUUGCCAUGUUUACUGUGCCUAAUGUGCCUGAAGGAUACAUGCACACUGGAGGAGAAGAUGCUUAAAGAUCCAAGGCGGCUCUAUGCACCUGGUCGUCUUUACCACAUUGUUGAGCGGAAGCCCUUAAGGUUAGGAAGAUUUCCACCAGUUGUGAGGACUGCAGUACCCGUGGAUGGGAGGUUUGAGCACAUGGUUAUUUCUUGCAAUGCAGCUUCCGACCAUGCCAUCAUUUGGAUAGAGAGGGAAUCACAAAGGGCUCUUAACUUAAUGCUAGAGAAAGAUAAGAUUAUGGAGAUUCCGCCAAAGCAGAGGAUGGAGCGUCAGGAGUCUCUUGCACGAGAGCAUAGCCAGGAAUACAUGGCUGCUCUUCGGAGGGCCAUUGUAUUGGAUAUCCCUCAGGCAUACUCCCCUUCUGCAUAUGGAACAUUUCAGGAAACGGAAGGUGAGCACUCCAGCAGAUCAAGCAAGGGAAUCUCAUUAUUAUCCUCCAAGAAAAGGAAGGAAAGUUGGGACGGAUUUGUUGAGCGUCUGUUUGACGUGAACGAGUCUGGUGACAUGGUGUUCAAGAAGCAAUAGAUGAUCGAAGGAAUUUCACACUGUAACAUAGACAACAAAAUUAAGUCAUUCUUUGAUUCAUAUCAAGCACCCUUUGUUGGGGUGCAUGAUUAUGUCCGAGUUCAAUAGGAGGAUAUCUGCGAAGGGCAUGAAAGGCUGCGUGUGAAUGUAAUGUCCAGCUCUAAACAAAAUGUAAAUGAGAAUUUCAAUCUUUAAUGUCA